CUUGAGCUGAGGUCGAAGUGAGACACAUUCAGUUGAGCAGCAGUCUUAGGUCUCCAUUGAUACUAAUAUCAGAUAAAGAAUACUAACAAGACAUCAUAGAAAGAGAAUACCUGACUAGUAAUGGCUGCAGUUUCCUUAUGCAGAUCUCAGAGAGUGUUCAAGAACUUGUCUCUGAUCCUACUGAGUGGAUCAGUCUCUCUGCUCCUGUGGAUGACUCUCAGACGCCCGCCGGGCUCAGACAGGAGUCCUCUCCGCUCUCCGGACCUCCUCCCCUCGGACUACGCUGCCGACCUGCCGGCCUGCUCAGCCAUCAUCCGAGGAGACAUGGAGGGUCUGGAGAGUGAGCAGCUCAGCCUCCUGCUGAAGACCAUGAAGAAGCAACAGCUGCUGUCAGAGGAGUUCUACCACAAUGUAACUCAGGACUGUCAGAGGUACAUUGCAGACAGAGGGUUCGUCACCGUUCCUCUGAGCCAGGAGGAAACGGACUUCCCCAUCGCUUACUCCAUGGUCAUCCACGAGAAGAUUGAGAUGUUCGAGAGGCUCCUGCGUGCUUUGUACACUCCGCAGAACGUCUACUGCGUCCACGUCGACCAGAAAUCAUCCGAGGACUUCAGGAGUGCAGUGAGAGCUAUUGCUUCCUGCUUACCCAAUGUGUUUGUGGCCAGUAAGACAGAGAGCGUGAUCUACGCCUCCUGGUCCAGAGUGCAGGCUGACCUGAACUGCAUGGAGGACCUGCUAAAGUCACCUGUCCAGUGGAGAUACCUUCUCAACACCUGUGGAACCGACUUCCCCAUUAAGACCAACGCUGAGAUGGUCCAGGCCCUCAAGCUGCUGAACGGGAAGAACAGCAUGGAGUCAGAGGUCACCAACGGCUACAAGAAGGGCAGAUGGCAGUUCCACCACAACGUCACCGACACCGUGGUCAGGACAGAGGUUAAGAAGACCCCUCCACCAAUCAACACCCCCAUGUUCUCUGGCAACGCCUACUUCGUGGCGUCCAGGGCCUUCGUCCGUCACGUGACGGAGAGUCAGGAGGUCCGAGUUCUGCUGGAGUGGGAGAAGGACACCUAUAGUCCUGAUGAACACCUGUGGGCGACUCUGCAGCGGAUGCCCUCUGUCCCAGGCUCCAACCCCCACAACAGUAAGUACGAACAGUCUGAUAUGAACUCCAUGGCUAGGGUAGUGAGGUGGAGCUACCUGGCUGGGGAUGUGAGGAGCGGAGCCCCCUACCCACACUGCUCCGGGACCUACAGGAGAGCUGUGUGUGUCUAUGGAGCUGGAGACCUUCAGUGGCUCCUAAACCAACACCACCUCAUCGCUAACAAGUUUGACCCCGAGGUGGAUGAUGUGGCAAUUAGAUGUCUGGAGUCAUACCUGCGCUUCAAAGCAACACACCGUGUAUCAUUAAAGACAGUGGAAUCUGGGAGUUUCGUACCAAAACUAUGAAAGGUUGUAAAUACAAUAGUGUAGCUGUUUUUAACCCUUAAACUCUAUUCUCAAACAGCUAGAGCGUGUUUUAUUUCUGAUGUUACUGUAUAUUUCUGAUGUUACUGUAAGAGGGUUGUAAAUAAAAUAAUGUAUUUUUUUUUUUUAAUGUUGGGGUUGCCAUGUAUAUUCCAGACAUACACCCUCCUGUAGUCUUUAUUUAGUACCCCAUCUAGUCCAAUGACUAUCUUCACUGAACACAUCAAUUCUGUAACAGUUAUACCAUCGUUAUUACAGUUCUACAUGUAGUCAUCAAUGCCGGGCUAGAAAGUUCUAUAACACUAUAUAUAUACAUACUGUGUGUAUGAGGGCACGACAAAACCAAGUCUAAAGAUGCAUCUCAACAGCUUCUACCCCCAAGCCAUCAGACUGCUGAACAGCUUCUACCCCCAAGCCAUCAGACUGCUGAACAGCUUCUACCCCCAAGC